AUGCAGGGCCAUGGAAGGUGCUUGAAACUUUUUCUUGCAUUUGCUCUGCUUUUGGUACAGUACGCCAAAGGAGGAGAGGUGGACCACAGUCACAGGGAUACCAAUGUGACUGGGAGGUGCAUAGAGAGGGAAAGGAAAGCACUCCUUGCAUUCAAACGUGGUCUGGUGGAUAAGGCCGAUCUCCUCUCUUCAUGGGGUUCAGAAGCCCAAAAACAGGAUUGUUGCAGAUGGGUGGGAGUUUCUUGUAGCAACCAGACGGGCCAUGUUAUUCAAGUUGAUCUUCAUGGACUGUAUUCUUUGCAAGGUAAGAUGAUUAGUCCUAAACUGAUUGAGUUGCACUAUUUAGAACAUUUGGACCUUGGUGGGAUUAAUUUCAUCGGGAUCCCAGUUCCAGAUUUCAUUGGUUCUCUAUCCAAUUUAAGAUACCUAGAUCUGUCUUGGACUUAUUUUGGAGGCAAGUUUCCAAGUGAGGUUGGAAAUCUUACGAACUUGCAGUAUCUUGCCUUAGAAGCAAUGUUUAUGAUUGGUCGGAAGCCAUCAAUAAGCUUCCUGAACUAA